AAGUCACCCCUUGCUCCCUCCUGUAGGCAGAUCUCAGGGUGGGGACACUGCCGUUUGAAGCUUCCAAGCAGGGAGGGAAUAGGCCCUAGGGAGACCCAUUGCCCACCUGUCCCCUGGCCAACCCUGACCUGAAUUCUGCUCUUGCCCUGGGUAGUGGCAGCCAGCUCCUUCUUGCCUGUGCUUUCUGGUUCAAGUCCAGAAGAGAGGUGAUAAAUUGACAUUCUCCAACCUGUUGAGGGAUUGGGGGUUCUUACAAGGCCCCCCAGGGCCUGGCUGUGACAGAGUGUCUGCAAUUCAUGAUGUGUCUUGAGCUCUUGAGACAGGAUUUAUGCAUCUAAUAAAGUCUGCAACUCCAGGCUUAGGGGCUGGGGGUGGGAGCUGAGAGCAGGAAGUCCCUCCAGAGGCCCUGAGAGGGGUGUCCCAGGUGACUCUUAAUGGAACCCUGCAUUUCCAUCCCUGUCUACAGACAGCCCCUCGGGCUGCUGCUGAGGGUGGGGGGCAGGGGGACAGCAGGUAUAAGAGGCGGUGGGGUGAAGCCCUGCCGAGGCAGCGGGUGGCAUGGAUUCCAGGCGAGCAGCCAUGGUCAUGCUACUGCUUCUGCUGCUGCUGAGCGGCUGGGGCCACAGCGAAGGACCAAGGGACUGGGACGGAAAUGAGCUCUUUGUGGAAGAAGACAGUGGGGCCCGGGCAGUGCAGGACACCCACAGCACCGGGUCCCUCCUGCGCUCCCUGCUGGAGGCCAUGGAGAGACAGGGCCGGAGCCCAGCCUUCCAGUUCCAGCCCCAGAGGUUUGGCAGAAACACCGGGGGACCAUGGAACAACCAACGGCUGCGUCCCCGAGGGGGCCAGGGACCAGGUUCCCAGUUCUGGAGCCUGGCCACACCCCAGCGCUUUGGGAAGAAAUGACAAAUGGGUC